CGGGAGCCGGAACGGGCGCCUUGUGCUCCCCGGCGCAAGAAAUGGCUGGGUGCUGGCUCCUGCCCCUCUGCUGCCUCGUGGCAGCCCUCCUGCCCGCAGCCCCGAGCGCCAACGGAGGAGAAGUCUGCGACUGCAACGGGAUGUCCAGGCGGUGCGUCUUCGACUGGGACCUCCUGAGGGAGACGGGGAGCGGGUACCGCUGCCUCGGCUGCCUGGGCAACACGGAGGGUGCCCACUGCGAGCGCUGCAAGGAGGGCUUCUUCCGUCAGCGGGAGGACGACUGCUGCCUGCCCUGCCGCUGCCACCCCCGGGGCUCCCUCAGCCCGCGGUGCGACAGCGACGGCCGGUGCAGCUGCAAACCCGGCGUGAUGGGUGACAAGUGUGACCGGUGCCAGCCGGGCUUUGAGUCCCUCUCUGAGGACGGGUGCCGGAGGAGCGGGCAGAGCCCGCAGUGCGAGUGCGACCCGGCUGGCAGCGCGGGGGGCUGCCUCUCCGGCCGCUGUGUCUGCAAGGCGAGCGCUACUGGGGAGCGGUGCGAGAGGUGCAAACAAAGCUUCUAUAACUUGGAUGCCAGAAACCCCGCGGGAUGCUCCCCCUGCUUUUGCUACGGGCACUCAGCUGCGUGCGUCAGUGCGGACAACCACAGCGUCUACAACAUCACCUCCACCUUCCAGCAAGGUGCCGAAGGCUGGCGAGGUGUCCACGAAAACAGCUCUCCAGCCCAGCUCCAAUGGUCCCCGCGCCAUCAGGAUGCCUUCAUAGCGGCGAGGAGAUCGGAGCCGAUUUACUUUGUGGCGCCUGCAAAAUUCCUCGGGAACCAGCAGCUGAGCUACGGCCAGACGCUCUCCUUUGAUUACCGCCUGGACCGAGGGGGACGCCAGCCAUCUCCGCACGACGUGGUCCUGGAAGGAGAUGGCCUGAGAGUCACUGCCCCCUUCUUGCCCCAGGGGAAGGUCCUGCCCUGCGGCGUCAGCCAGACCUACACCUUCAGGUUGGAUGAGCACCCGAGCAGCAAGUGGAGCCCGAGGCUGAAUCACUUUGAAUAUCGCAGGUUGCUGGGGAACCUGACAGCUCUCUGGAUCCGAGCCACCUUUGGGGAGUACAGCACCGGCUACAUCGACAACGUCACCCUGGUGUCGGCGCAGCCCGUGGCCGGAGCCCCUGCUCCCUGGGUGGAACGCUGCCAGUGCCCGGCGGGCUACCGGGGGCAAUUCUGCGAGAGCUGUGCCCACGGCUACCGCAGAGCUGCCCCCGGCCUGGGGCCCUUCGGCAUCUGCGUGCCGUGCGACUGCCAGGGGGGAGGAAUUUGUGAUCCCGACACCGGCGAAUGCUACUCGGGAGACGAAAACGUGGGCAAUAGCGUCGGCUGCCCCUUCGGCUUCUACCGGGAGCCCCGGCAGCCCCACGGCUGCAGGAGAUGUCCCUGCAGCAACGGCCAAGGCUGCUCGGUGGUGCCGGGCAGCGAGGAGGUCGUCUGCGACCGCUGCCCCGCUGGAGCUGCCGGGGCCAACUGUGAGUACUGUGCCGACGGCUAUUUUGGAGACCCAGCGGCUUCCCGGCCCUGCCAGCCGUGCCGGUGCAACGGCAACGUGGAGCCCAACGCCGUGGGCAACUGCGACCGCCGGACGGGCGAGUGCCUCAAGUGCAUCUACAACACCGCCGGCUUCUACUGCGACCGCUGCAAGGACGGCUUCUUCGGGAACCCCCUGGCCCCCGAUCCUGCCGACAAGUGCAGAGCCUGCGCCUGCGACUCGGCCGGCGCCGAGCCCCUGAAGUGCGGGAGCGAUGGGAGCUGCAUCUGCAAGCCUGGCUUUGAGGGUCCCAGCUGCGAAGAGAGUGAGUGCCCGGCUUGCUACGGCCAGGUGAAAGCCCAGGUGGACCUGUACCUGCAGCAGCUGGCGGAGCUGGAGCUGCUGUUCUCCGAGCAGCAAGCUGAUGGUGGGGCCGAGAGCCAGGAGCUGGAGGGGAGGAUGCAACUGGCUGAGGAGAUGCUGCAGACCAUCCUCAGGGAAGCCCUGAGCCUGCAAGCCUCUGACAAGUCUCUGGAGAGCCGCGUGGUCAGGAUGAAGGGGCAAGGGUCCAGCUUCCAGAGCCGCUUGGACGAGAUCAAGGCAACGGUGGAGAGGCUGAGGUCUCUGGGGAGCCAGAACGAGAGGCAGGUUCAGGACACGCGGAGGCUGCUGGGGAGAGCCAGGCUGGACCUGGACCGAAGUGGGGCCACUCUGCGUAAGGUGACCAUUCCUGUUUCAAACCUUCCCGGGGGCUCGAAUCAGUUCUUGAUAUUGGCCCAAGAGGCUCUGAGACUGGCCAACAGCCACGCGCAAGCCGCCAACGCCAUCGAGCAAGCCGCGAGGGCGGCGCGGGAGGACGCGCGGCGGGCGCUGGAGCUGGCACGCACGGCCGCCGGCGGAGAGGCGGCCGCCUCCGCAUCCCUGCUCGGGCUGCUCGGGAAGUACGAGGAGCUGAAGUCUCAGUCUGGAGCCCUGAAGGCUGAGGCCGACGGGAUGGCCGCCGAGGCAGACAGGGCUUAUCAAGGCAGCCUGGUGCUCCUCAGCUCCCUGUCCCGCCUGACGAAGACUGACAUCGGGUCCUUUGAGGGGGAGGCAGCCCGGCUGAAGCAGGACGCCGGUGCUCUCCUGAGCCUGGUGGACACCUCCAUGGCACAGCACAGGCAGCUGCAGAGCCUCGCGGGGCGCUGGCAGGAAGAAAUCAAGCAGUGGCUGCGGAGGGGAGAGGGCGAGAGGGCGAUGCUGACACAGCUGCUGUCCCGAGCCAACCUCGCCAGGAGCACAGCCCUGCAAGCCGUGAGCGCUGGCAACGCCACCUUCUACGAGGUGGAACAGAUCCUGAAGAGCCUCCGGGAGUUUAACCUGCAAGCAGAUGACAAGAGAAGGGAAGCUGAAGAUGCCAUGAGGAGGCUGCCGAUUGUCAGCAGCAUGGUCGCAAGUGCCAGGGAGAAGACAGACCGAGCUGAAGCCACCCUGGGCAGCGCCGCUUCCGAAUCCAAGGCGGCCAGCAGCGCGGCAGGGAAAGCCAAGGAGAUCACCGUGGGGAUCCAGCAGGAGAUCACACUGCUGAAGGUGGAAGCCAACAAGACGGCCGAUGGUGUCCUUGCCCUAGAGAAGGCGGUGGCCACCCUGCAACGUGAGGCCAAGGAAGUGGACGGUGAAUUUGAGAGGAAGCUCUCGGACGUUGAGGCGGAUGCUGCUGUGAUACAGGAGACAGCUCAGGAAGCUCAGAGGGUCCACGCCAAGGCUGGCCGGGCAGGGGUGGUCGUGCAGGAGACUUUGGGCGCCCUGGAAGAGCUGCUGCGUCUGAUGAACCAACCUGGUGCUGUGGACGAGGAUGGCCUGAGGCAGCUGGAGGUGAAUUUUAGUGAAGCCAGAACCAGAAGCAACCAGCUGAAGGAUGAGGUGUCGGAGCUGGAGCAGACAGCCGCGCUGCAGAAGGCCCGGGUGCGGACGCUGGAGAGCAGCAUUGACGAGAUCCUGGCGGAUAUUAAGAACCUGGAGGCUAUCCAGAAGAGCCUUCCUCCAGGCUGUUACAACACAAAAGCCAUCGAGUUGCCGUGAGCGAGCUCUGGAAAGGCUGCAGCGCCUGCCAGGCCGUGAAGGCAGGAGAGCCUGGCCCAGCUGCCCUCCCCAAACCCGGCAGGACCGGCUGCAUUGCGUUGUGUUGAACUGAUCCUUACCCCCAAGUUCAGCGUGGCCACUGAAGUUUGUAUUGUCACGCUGGCCUGGAGAGUCCCUGCUAUUUCAAAGUAGUCCGUCCCUCGGUCACAGGAGGAAGGAGGUGUCCGGUUGAGUGAAGGUGCUACUACGGCUGCCCAACAUCCCAUUCCUACAACAUUUCCGAGGUGCAGAUGGGGGUUGCUGGGUGUCAGCCUUGGGAGUUUGCGUGGUUCAGAGCCUGAAGUUCACAGCUAAAAGAUUCUCCAUCCCCUGUGGAUCCCCUCUCCUGGGCUGGCACACACAGAAGGACUAGAGUCACUGUCCUUGCUUUUGACACUGCCACCACCACCACCACCUCCUCAAGUUUUCCGCGGGGUCUUCGUCACCUUCGGUAGCUCAGGAGGCAGGGAGCAAGCAGCGUGAGGUGGCAGCUGGGGGAGAGAAGGUUUGAUCUGUGACACCAGUGAUGCUUCACGGGGCUUUCUCCUCCCAGCCUGCCCAGUCCUCACCUUGCUGGGAGUGGUGCUGGUGUGGCUUUUGCUGUGGCUUUGGAGAUUCAGCAUCAGAGGCUGCUGCUGACCCUUUUCAUAAAGCUGCAGGUCUUCCAUGGUGCUUCUCAGUGAGGCCGUUACUGUUUUGCUAAAGGGGAAAAAAAAAAAAAAAAAAAACCAAACCCAAACCGAUGCCAGCUGGUUUUGAGAUCAGCGUGAUGUGCUGCAUGGAAGAAGAAGGGGAUCCCAGGUUAGCAGAGGAGGAGAACACUGCUGGGGCUCCUCAAGUGGAAACUCUUCUUACCUGCUCCCUUCAGCCAGGAGGAGAAGGCCUCCUUUUUUCCUCCCGCACUUCUUCUAGAGUCCAAAAGCCCCAGAGGGAUGGCUUUCUUGUCGAAACUUCUCCUCUGCAAGCACAGGUCUCCCUGCCAUCCCCCUUACACACUCAAGCACAACCUUUCCUCCCAAGACCAGUCAGUUUGGUAUCAGGCAGCUUCCUGGGUGUCCCAGGGCCCAGGAAAAGCAAGGUGGUGUCCCCUCUGCACAAGCACCCAGGACCCUGCAGCACUUGUCACAGGAACUUUCUCCAGGGGUCUGCAGCCACAACCUCCCGUGUCUGAGAGCCUGGCCCCAUCCUGCCGGAGUGCCAGCAUCCCCAUUUCAGCUGUUUAAAAAUAUUGACCAUGUCUUGAAUGUGUGUCUGCCUCUGGUUUGGUGCUGCCCAUUUCCCCCACCACCACCCUCCCUCUCCCUCCCGCGUGGUGCUGGAUGUUUCUCAGAGGCUCAAGUAAUUGUCUGCAGGGUUUCCCACCGGACCUCUGAGCAGAGCUUGGAGGAGCUGAAGGCCACAGUGCUCCCGUCACCCACCUGAGGCUUUCCUGUGGGUCCAGCUCUGUUUUGACACCACUCCCAGCUUACUUUAGAUGCCAUUUCAGGGGAAAAAAAAAGAGCCAGCAGAUGCUGGAAGUCAUCUCUGCUGAAGCCCCCUGACCUGUGUGGUGGUGAAAGAAGAGGUGCUGGAUGGAGGAGGACACUUUGGGGGGACACGCUCAGCCCUCAUUAGCUCUGAUUUUCUGAUAAAGCAGCACCCCUGCUUUUGCUUGAUAAGGAUAUACUAAGUAAUAUGUCUGCCUUAUACUUUUAUUGUAUUUUAUUUAAGUGAGAUGUAUUCUUGCCUUGGGCAUGUCUUCCUUCUUCUGUUGUACAGCAUAGGGACAAGUAUUACAGACCUGACUUUAUUUUUCCACAAGCUGGGUUUUUUGAAAGGGAGAAGGUCAAUAAAUAAUGAAUACUUUUGGCUGGAUCUUGCCUACUGGUUUAUUUUCUCUAGCUCCCUGUUUUGGGUGAGUUUGGUCAUUGGCUCUCCCAGCAGCGUAGCUGCUUGUGCUCUUCAUGCUGACUUGGUGUUUGGGCUUUUUUGAAAUGACACCAGUAACAUGGUUUUGUUUUGUUUUGUUUAUUACAUAAUUUAAACAUUUGGCUGAUAAAGUUGUUUGUUGGGUUUUUUUGUUUUUUUUUUGUUUGUUUUGUUUUGUUUUGUUUUGUUUUGUUUUGUUUUUCUCAAUGACUGUUUUUUUCAUAUAGCAACAGAAGAAAAAAAAAAAAAUAGGCUCCAAAACUUUUGACAAAGGUGAAAUUGGUGGCAUGGCAACUUCAACCCCUUUCCCUCCCUCCCCCCUUUUAAAAAUUUUUUUUCAAAAGGUGGUUGAAGUUCAUUUAUUUUUCAACAAAUUGCCCUGUUUAAAAGUGGAGGUUCAAAGACCAAAACCCACCAGCUUCUUCCCACCCCUCCCCUGCACCCUGGAAACCCCGGUCCUCACCUCCCUGGCCAUCACAUGGAUCUUCAGGGAUGAUUUUAUUUUAUUUUUUUUUUUUCCCCAUACCCACCCAAAGACAUUCUCCAAACCAGUCCCAGAGCUGACCGACCCGUUACAAACCCCCCCGCCCCCAUGUCCCACCCCCCGUCGUACUGUGAGUUUUACUGAGCGGAUACACGAAGGCGCAGGUAAGACUAGUAAGACAGAAUAUACUCAUCAUCCGUACCACAACGCUACGUCUCUAAGGCAUGCCGUCCUAACCGCGAAUGGGAUGGGGGCCGGCUGGCUUCCCCUGCGUCCCAUCUCGCGUACCUGAGGGAGGGAGGGAGGGAGGGAGGGAGGAUCUGAGAUGGCUCUCGGACACGCCGCCUGCCUUCCUUCUCCAUCCCCUUUGGUUUUUUGUUUAUUUUUUUUUUUUUCCUUGUGUCUUUUCCUCAGCUAAAACCCACCGUCCUUCCUCCCCCUUCAAAGAAGCACUGCUCCCCCAGGAGGUUAAAAUCCCUCUCUAUGUAUGUUUGUGUUUUGGAGGCUGGUUGCUACCAGUGUUUUUUUCUCCUCCAGCUUGAAGCUAAGAAACAUGGGUGACGUCUGGCAAGGAGAGGAGGCUGCUGUCUGAAAUAACUUCUGUGUUGGGGUGGCGAGACUGAAAAACUGAACAUGUGAGAAGAAUGGGUGGAGAGGAGUCUAGCUUUUGGCUUAUGCACCUUGGGUGUCUCGUGGAUGAGCUGUCCCACCACGGGCACCAGCCCAGCAUGUUAGCGGAGGGAGCUCAGUAGGGUGUUGGUGAGCAGCUCAAGCUGGCUGAAGACCUCCCUGGAGAGGUGUCCCUGCACUCCGAGUCCCACACACUCUCCUCACCCUCUCUGCUUUGGUGCCUCCGUAUCUCCUCAUCCCAUGGGAUAUGUAUGCGACCACCUGGAGACACCAAAGCUGGGGCUGAGGGAUUCAGCUGCUGAAUUUAUGACAGGUCCCAAACAAGCCUCUCCAUGCAGAGGGAAAUCCCUGGUGAGGAAAGACGUCUUCUGGCCUUUGGGCAAGUCACAUCACUUCUGCCUCUCUUGUUUUCCCUUCUGGGAAGGGCUGUGCCCUACUCGAGAAGUCGUUAGCUACUAUUCGUAAAUCCCUGCUUGCUGUAAGGAGCCUGUGACUGUAGGCUGCCUUGUUUUGUCCAAAGCUGCUUUCUAUUACAGAGAUGCCAGCAGCACCCAGCAGCUCACCAAAUUUAGUGCAAUGUCCCGUCUUUGGAGCUUCCAUGAGAGCAGCUUGUGACUCUUUGUAGACGUUUAAGGGAGAGAAAAAAAAAAAAAAAAAUGUAAUUUCAGAUUUUUCCUGGAAACACCCUCCUGGAGGCCUCUCAGCCUUUGGGUGUCUCAGUGCAGCACUGUCCCUUGCUGGGGACCAGCAGCUAGUCACAGCGCUGCCCUAAGAAAGUCAAAAAGCCAGCCUGGGCAAUGGUCGUGCUUUGGGAGGGGGGGGUGGUGGUGUCUAGCCUGGGCCUAGUUAGUCCAAAUUUGUGGGGAGUGGGCAGAUGUGCAUGAGCUGUAGGCAGCAAGGCUAUACCCAAAGCGACAGAGGGUUAGACAGGAGGAAAAGGUGAGGAGUAAAGCAGGACUGUACCUUCCUCCCUGCGGCUGUGACCUUUCCCAGGGGCUGUGCAGGGUCCUCGCACCCGAGGGCUGCUCAGCAGGACAACGGCCUGCUUCAGCAACCCUCCUCUCUGCAGGACUUAAAUAAUUUUCUUUUGCUCUGCGUUACCUGCCCUGCUCUUAAGGCGAGCGUCUCCACUAGGCUCCAGCCCUGGCACCUGGGGGCACGUCACAGGCAAGGAGAGCAGGAGCCUGGCAUGUCCCAAGGGAUGUGCAAAGUAGCCACAGCUGGUUUGGGAGGGGGAAAGUAUCAUGCAUUUAAUAAACUCUACAGGGAGAGGAAGAGGGUAGGAGUGGAGGGAGAAGGGGGAAGUUUACAGGCAGAAAUGGAGAUCUGGAGGCUAGAGGCUGGGGAUGGACCCAGCCCCCACAAAGCUCAGCCAGGUUCGGGGCAAAUUCUCACCGGAGGUUUUGGGUCACCACCUGCUUCUUUCUCCCUCGUUUCUUGGCUUCAUAAAUGGCAGGUCUGUUUCUAGGUGCUGUGGGCUGUCUCCUCCGACACUGGGUCAGAGUAGAGCAUCACCCCAACUCCACUUGCCCGGGGGGUGGGUUGGGUUCACUUGCAGCCGAGGAAAAGUGAGACAUGCCAUUCCCCCCUCUAGCAAUGCUUUGGCAGCGAUGCUUGCCAAGGCCUCUGCUCCCCAUUCAGAAAUGCCCUCUCCAUGAUUUUUCAGGGCCAGGAGGAGGAUUUUGUUAACGGGUUGUCCUACUG